AUGUCUGAUCCAUCACUAUAUACGAUCGGCUGGAUCUGUGCCAUCGUUCCUGAGUUCGUCGCAGCCCGGCUCUUCCUCGACGAGUCCAAGAACGACAAUAACUCGUACCAGCUCGGACGCAUGGGCAAGCAUAACGUCGCAAUCGCAGCCCUUCCUCAUGGCGAAUACGGGGAAAGCUCGGCGGCAGUUGUCGCUCGGGAUCUGAUCCGCACAUUCGAGAACAUACGAGUCGGGCUGCUGGUUGGCAUCGGCGGCGGAGCCCCAAGUCCAGAGAAAGAUAUCCGUCUGGGCGAUGUUGUCGUCAGUUCUCCGACUGGUGGGUACGACGGUGUGCUCCAGUACGAUUUUGGCAAGUCUAUGGUGGAUGGCAAACUCGAAAUGACAGGAUUCCUGAAUCAGCCGCCAAUUGCUUUCAGGACCGCUCUCAACGUUCUUAUUGCCGAUAUCGAAAUCGAAGGCAACUGGCUUGAGAACGACAUCGAGAAGGCUCUCAAAACUGAGCAUCUCAGACAGAAAUACGGCCGGCCAAGUUCCGAUUUCGACAAACUCUUUCGUAGUGACAUCUCUUACAACCCAAACAAAACCAUGGCCCAUUACACCACCAGCGAUUUUGUGGAACGCCAGGAACGGUCUCCAGAUUCGACUCUCGUCAUCCAUCACGGAUUGAUCGCAUCGGCGAAUCAGGUGAUGAAAGAUGCACAAAAGCGGGAUAUACUAGCAAAGGACAAAAAUGUGCUCUGUUUUGAGAUGGAGGCUGCUGGGUUGAUGAACCAUUUUCCUUGCCUGGUGAUCAGAGGUAUCUGCGAUUACUCGGACUCUCAUAAAAACAAGAAAUGUAUUCGGUCAAGUCCAUCGGGGCAGAAGUCAACGCGAUCAAAGAUUCUAUCGAUCACGACACCCUUGAACCAACAUGAACCAAGAUGUCAUCCAAGUACUAGAGCCAAUAUCUUACACGGUAUUGAGCGCUGGGCUCAUGGACCUAGCAAACAGCGGGUCUACUGGCUUAGCGGAAUGGCUGGCACUGGAAAGUCGAUCAUAGCUCGGACGGUUGCCCAUGGACUUCGCGAAACAAACCUCCUUGGCGCUACGUUCUUUUUCAAGAGAGGGGAGCGGGAUCGCAGCAGCGCGUCUUUCCUCUUCAGCACGCUAGCCAAGCAAUUAGUACGACAACGACCCGAGUUGAGUCCUUAUGUUGUAAAGGCAAUCAAGACGACGGACGACAUCUUUUCCAAAUGUUUGGAAGAGCAAUUCUCCAAGCUCAUCCUUGGCCCGCUCAUAGAGACGAGCUCAAAAGCAGGAGGUUUCAAGAACCUGAUACUUAUUGUGGAAGCUUUGGAUGAGUGUUCCGAUGAGAAAGAUGUUGAAGCUCUGCUACAUUUGCUGUUCAAGGUUGUGGAUUCAGACGUGUAUGCUCUGAAGCUUUUCAUCACAAGCAGGCCAGAGAUGGCAAUCCGCGAUGCAUUCGAUUUCAUCAACUCGGAGCUACAUGUGCACCAUCAGCUACAGGAUACACCGGGUGAUAUCAUCUCCCGAGAUAUUACGGUGUAUCUUGAAUAUCAACUGACAGAGAUCAGAGUUUGGUGGAACAAACGAUGCAGCAAAAUUCCCACCGAACAACUAGCAGUAGAUUGGCCUGAGAACGAGAAAAUAAGUUUACUUGUCAAAAUAGCGAUACCACUGUUCUUGUUUGCAGCAAUAGCUUGUCGCUUCAUCAGAGACGAUGUCUUUGGCAGCCCGGAGGAGCAACUUCUGAAGCUCAUUCAGGUCGCUAAAGAAGGUAGUGUCCAGGACAAACUUGGAGAGACAUAUCGACCGGUAUUGAGACAAUUCCAAGGCAAGAGGACGGAAAAAGAAUAA